AUGGCAUUCCUCAACUUGAACAAAAAUCUCGUCUCCUCCAAUAGUAAAACCUUUAAAGAAUUAGACUUUGAAUGUUCAGUCAAACCCUUUGUCAAAAAAGUAAAAGAUUUACGUCUUCACAGGGAUGACUUUGAAAUCCUUAAGGUCAUAGGUCGUGGUGCCUUUGGAGAGGUGGCAGUAGUGAAAAUGAAGAAGAGUGAUAAGGUGUAUGCUAUGAAAAUAUUGCACAAAUGGGAGAUGCUGAAGAGAGCAGAGACUGCAUGUUUCCAUGAGGAGAGAGAUGUCUUGGUGAAAGGCGAUAAUCAGUGGAUAACAACCUUGCAUUAUGCUUUUCAGGAUGAACAGUAUUUGUACUUGGUAAUGGACUACUAUGUAGGUGGUGAUCUCUUAACCUUGCUUAGCAAAUUUGAAGAAAGACUUCCAGAGGAUAUGGCCCGAUUCUACUUGGCAGAAAUGGUGCUGGCUAUCCACUCCAUCCAUCAACUCAACUAUGUGCAUAGGGACAUCAAACCAGACAAUGUUUUGAUAGAUAUGAAUGGACACAUUCGAUUGGCUGACUUUGGAUCCUGCUUGAAACUAAGGGAGGACAGGAAAGUAGAGUCAUCUGUGGCUGUUGGAACACCAGACUAUAUAUCUCCUGAAAUUUUGCAAGCUAUGGAGGAUGGAAAAGGACGAUAUGGCACAGAAUGCGAUUGGUGGUCUUUAGGUGUUUGCAUGUAUGAACUUCUGUUUGGAGAAACACCUUUCUAUGCGGAAUCUCUUGUGGAAACCUAUGGGAAAAUCAUGAACCAUCAAGACCACUUGCAGUUCCCAUCUGAUAUCACAGAUGUGUCUAAUGUUGCCAAAGACUUGAUUAGGAGAUUAAUUUGUAGUCAAGAGGAAAGACUUGGUCAGAAUGGCAUUGAAGAUUUUAAGAAUCACCCUUUUUUUGCUGGUAUAGAUUGGGAAAAUCUCCGAAACAAUGUACCACCUCAUAUUCCUGAAGUCACCAGUCCUGCAGAUACAUCCAAUUUUGAUGUGGAUGAUGAUUCACUCCGAAACAGUGAGACAUUACCUCCAACAUCUCACAGUGCUUUCUCAGGCCAUCACCUUCCAUUUGUAGGGUUUACAUAUACCUCAGACUGCUGUUUGUCAGACAGAAGUUGUUUACUAAAUCUGUCUUCUGGACUUCAUAACUCCACACAUCAGAGCAAUAAAGGAGACUCCAGUAAAGAUGCAUUGGAGACCAGGUGCAAACGGUUGGAACAGGAAAAACAAGAACUUGCUAGGAAGCUGCAAGAGGCUCUACAGAAUUCCUCCCACAAUUCUGUAACUCGUGGAAACACAGGAAAGGACUCUGAAAUUAAAAGUUUAAAAGAAGAAAUGGAGAUAUUAAAGAAAAAGUUAAAAGAAAACCAGCUUGAAGGCAGUGAUAUGAAAAUAAGGAAAGAUGAAGAGUCAAGUCAAGUUAGAUCACUGGAAAAACAGUUAAAAAUUUUGUACCAGGAGAAAGAAGCUCUUUACAAGGAACUAACGGAAGUACAGGAACAGCUGAAUUCCCAGAAUAAAGAAUACAAGGAGGCAGUAGCCAUGCAAAAGCAGGCGCUAAAAGAGGCAGGAGAAGCUAAUGAAAAAUAUCAGGACAUGAAAUCCCAGAAACAGAAGCUUUCUCGACAUCUGCGAGAUAGAGAAGAGGAGAUAGCAGUUAUGAUGCAGAAAAUAGAGAGCCUUCGGCAAGACUGCAGAAAAACAGAGCGGGAUAAGAAAGAGUUGGAAGCACAGAUUGAAGAACUUUCAAAUGAAGCAUUGAAACAACGUAAGUUAAGGGAGCGAAGUGACCAGAACAGUAGAGAGCUUGUUGAAGAAUUAGAAGAACUUAAGAUGAAGCACCUGGUCCAAUCUCCUGGUAUCAGAAGCUCUGAACACCUUAAGGAGGUAUCAAAACUGAAGACUGAGCUGGAGGAGAAGAGGUCUUCUUUUGAAGAGGAACUGGCUAGACGCAAUAGUGUGCAUGCCGUGGAAAUCAAGAACUUCAGAGAGGAACUGGAAGAAAGUGAGAGUCAACAGCAAGCACUUCAUGCUGAAAUAGCUUCUCUAAAGGAAAAGCUGCAACAAAUUAAAUAUGACAGCCUUUGUUAUCAAGAAGGUCUGACGGACUUAAGAAACAAAUUUGAGCGGGAAAAGCAUGAAAAGCAUCAACUUAAUGAAGAAAACUACAAGCUAAAUCUCAGACUUGAUCAGGAGAAGGAAUUUAUGAAUAAACUCAUUGCUGCCAACAAACAACUUGAGGAAGAUUUGUUUUCACUAGCAGACAAAAAGGAGUCUUUAGCCAACUGGGAAGCACAGAUUGCUGACAUACUGCAGUGGGUGAAUGAUGAAAAGGACUCUCGAGUUUAUCUCCAGGCACUCACCAACAAGAUGACAGAAGAACUGGAAACUCUGAAAAACUUCAGUGGAGGAAUGAAGCCCACAGUGGAGACUCAGCAGUGGAAAACUCGCCGUUUACAGAAAAUGGAAGCUUCUGCAAAACUGGAAUUACAGUCUGCUCUGGAUGCUGAGAUAAAAGCAAAACAGAUGAUACAUGAAGAGCUAAGCAAAACAAAAGCUGCCAAUCUCACAUCAGAACGCAAACUUCAUGACGCAGAAAAACAAAUUGAAGCAUUGAAAUUGGAAAUAGAGAAACUCAAAGACGUUGUUCAGUCAAAGACGUCUGGAGGCAUAAACCAAUGGCAGUCUAUUAAGUUUAUUAAACCAGGAGAGAACAGUUCAUCAUCUCACGUCAACUCUUCACUUUCACUUCAGGAAAUUCGGAAUUCUCGGGAAGAUGCAGAACCGCACCAUGGCGCAAGGACAGAUGGUUUUGAAAUAACUUAUCCACCAAAGCAACUCUUAAGGCGUCCUGUAUCUCCUGGUAGCACCAGCCCUACUGCAUUAAAGUUUGCAGUUUGUAAUUAUGUGUGCCAUACGGCCUGUUAUUCAAAUUCCAUCUGUCCAGUUCCAGCAGACCAGAUGAAGAGGUCUUUAGGUGUUGACCCCGUCUCUGGAAAAGGAACAGCCUAUGAAGGAUUUUUAUCUGUUCCAAAGCCAGCAGGGGUGAGAAAAGGAUGGCAAAAAGCAUAUGCAGUUCUCAGUGAAUAUAAACUUUUUCUGUAUGAUAUGGGAGAUGGCAAGAAUUCCCAGCCUGGUGUAACUGUAUCCCAAGUAGUUGACAUGAGGGAUGAACAUUUCUCAGUGAGUUCUGUGCUACAUUCUGAUGUGAUCCAUGCCAACCCAAAGGAUGUACCAUGCAUAUUCAAGAUUACAGCCUCACAGCUUGAAGCACCCCACAAGUGCUCUCUGCUUCUCCUUGCAGAGAGUGAAAAUGACAUGAAGAGGUGGGUGGCUGUAAUGAGGGAGCUGCAUCAGAUCCUACAAGUAAACCACAAAGACAAGUCUGUGUACACUCUAAAGGAGGCCUACGACAGUGCCUUACCACUCAUCAGACCAUCCCUGUCUGCUGCUAUUAUAGAUCAAGAAAGGUUUGCCUUGGGCACAGAAGAUGGUCUGUAUGUGGUUCAUACUAAAACUAAUGAAAUUUCUCAAGUUGGAGACUCCAAGAAAGUUCAGCAGAUUGAAGUAAUCCCAGAUGUGCAAUUAAUUGCUAUCCUCUGUGGCAGGAAUCACAGUGUACGGCUGCAUACAUGGAAUGAUCUGGAAACACUAGAAAGUAGUGGUAUUAAAAUUUCAGAGGCCAAAAAUUGCCAGACUAUGGUAACAGGACAUAUUCAACAGAAAACUAUAGCAUGCUUGGGUGUGGCCAUGAAACGUCAAGUUAUUUUGUAUCACCUUACUUCUAACAGCAAAACGCAGUACAAGAGGAUCAAAGAGUUCCAGGCUGCAGGAAAUGUACAGUGGAUGGGUUUUGUUAGUGAUCGACUUUGUGUUGGCUACCAAUCGGGAUUCUGCCUUUACCCAGUUUUAAAUGACAGUUCUCCACUAAGUCUGAUAAAUUCUGAAGACCAGACGCUAGCCUUUGCCCCUCCGAUGCAAAUGGAUGCACUGUGUGCAGUGGAAGUGUCUAGGAAUGAAUAUCUACUGUGCUUCAACAAAGUUGGUGUUUACGUUAAUUCUCAGGGUCGAAGGUCAAAACAGGAAGAACUGAUGUGGCCUACCAAUCCUGUUGCAUGCUGUUAUAAUGACAAGCACCUGACUGUAUUUAGUGAGAAUGCUGUUGACGUAUUUAAUGUGAAAGAUGCUGAAUGGGUUCAGACAGUUCCACUGAAGAAGGUUCGCCCACUCAACACAAAAGGAAGUCUGUGUGUUUUUGGUAAUGAAAUUGUUCGACUAAUCUACCUUGCUAACAAGCUGAGAGGGCAAGAUGACUUUAAUGUACCAAAGACCAUGGACAACAGCCGGAGGCAGCUUAUGAGAACUAAGAGUAAACGUCGAUUUUUCUUCAGGAUUUCUGAUGAAGAAAAGUACCAACAAAUGAGGGAAAUAUUGAAAGAUCCUGGAAAGAAAUCUAAGCUAAUCUCCGACCCAUAUAAUUUCAGUCACGUGGUACAUGUUGGGCCAGGUGAUGGGAAACAUUAUCGGAAGGAUUUGCCAGUGGUACACUCAAUUCAGGAGGAAGACAGUUUAGCAGAUGUGACCCCUAUGAGCAGGCCCCGCAGUGCAACAGAAAAAGGCCGACCAGCAUCUAUGGGCACUGAUAAAGUGCUCGACCUCGCAGCAUUACGUCAUUCUCGAAGUUCCUUAACUGAUGAGUCAUUAUCUUCUCCACAAAUGUUAUUUUCUAGUGGUGACAUGCUAUCAGAGAUCACCGACCAUACAACAUUCCGUGACUCAACUGGUUCUAGUCAAGGUUCUUCAUAACUUGUAACACAGCAAUUGUUACCCACUGCCAAGACAUAGUCAUGUGGUUUUCUGCUGCUGAGUUUUAAUCAGCGUAACAACAAGUUUCUCACUAGUGAUCAUCUGUGGCACUUAGCACAAUGCAGCCAUCAUACAUUCACAGGUGGUAGUCUCAGAGCUGCGGUACUUUUCAUGGAGACAUUGACAACUGUUAUUCAGUAGUUAAGUGUACUUUUAACCCACUUUGUUUUCAAGUUUACGUUAGCACUUCAUACAUUGUUUGUUUUUAUUACUGGUUCACCUGCAUUUGUUUUACAGACACCUUGUACUAGACAUAAAAUAAUGUUUGGAUCUAUAAAGAAAAAAACAAAAAAAACCUCAUGGUGCUACUAUAUGAAAAGCAAUAAUCAGUUUCAUUAGUUCAAAGUUUAAAAGCAAUGUGCCAAAGCAGUCUUCUGAAAAUGGCUAAAAGUGGGCAUUUAAAAUUAAAUGAGAACAAAAUAUGUAUAAUAGAAUGAAAAUGUAAACAGCUAAAAGACAAUGCAAGUCCACUGCUGCUCAAGACAUAACUGAAAUAGUUUAGUAUUUUGACAAAACCUAAGUCCAGUUCACUGCUGUUUCAUACACAAAUGGAAUUUGCUUCCAUGACUAAACUUUGAAAUGUUAUUCCUAUAUAUAUGUGCAUCUGCUGAUAGAAGCACCAACAGAAUGUGUGUAUGGUUCAUGAUUUUAAAAGAACAUGUUUAGAAUGUCAGAAUGACCAAGUGGUAAUAGAUGUAAGAAUGUUUUAUUGCCUUUAUUUUAAUCUGCAAGAACAAUGUCAUUUUUGUGGGGUGCAUAUAUUUUGUAUGUUUUUAUUUGUAUGUCUGUCAUAGAGACAUAAGUGAACAGCUCAGAGAAUGCCAAAAUAGCCUAGCUGUCAUAAACAGCUUUUUAAAUGUUUUCAUAAACUUUUUGGUAAGACCAGUACAUCAUAGAUUGGUGAAAAACUUCUCAAUCUUCAAAAGGCUUAACUAGCAGGUAAUGCAAUGAACUUCAGAUCUCUCUAAAAUAUCCUGAGUGAUGUAGAAGCAAUGUAGAAGUAUGUAUGCUAUUUUGUAAAACUGUUUGGCAUUCUUGUAAAUGUUGUUGGGAGUUAGGUAGAAUGCUAAUUCUUCUCUCAUUUUAAUGUACGUCUUUUCCAAUAUUUUAGCUUGAGCACGUAGGUUAAAUAGUCCUAAACCUAAGCCAUGCCAUUGCUAUUUUAUUUGCCCGUUCGCUUUCUGGAGGCAUUGAAAACACACCUAUAUUUUUUUUACUCUGGUAAGAUGUGUUGUAAACAGUAACUUCUAAUGUCAUUUUUAUUAACUAGUUAGCCGUCAAGGAUUAUUUUGUGAGUUCUUUCAUUAAUAACUUCAGAAGGCUUCCUAAAUAUAAAUUGAAGCUGGUGGGAUAGCCUGAAACUUUUUUCCUGGAUUACAGUAGUAACAACUGGACUGUUGUCAUCUGGUCCUAGUCCAAAGUAUUUUUUUAACUGACGGUAGUUCUUUUAUAUUUAAGAAUACUUCAGAGGAUGUCAAUAAUUAAGAAUAAAUGAACAAAUAGUAAGCAUGAGUAGAUAGUUUUAUUCAGAAUUUAUUUAUGAAAACUAGAAAUAUAAAUUUUACAAAAUAUAGCUUUGCAGUUUUGCCCUCUUAUAUGUUUUGAACAUAGUGUGGGUGCCUGUAUGCCUUAGCAUCUAAGGAUUAAUUGUCCAUUAAGCAGAAGCAAAGAAAGACUUAAAGAACACAAGAUGGUACAAUGGGCCCAGAUUAUCAAACACUCAUUUAACCUAUAAAGUUUUAAUGUCAUAGUGGGAACUAGGUUAGGGUUAGUUUGAUCAGAUAAGAGCACAUGCAGAAUAUGAAUGCAAUUAGAAUUCAGAGGAGAACCAGUCACGUUAUGGCUACUGGAAACUUUUAGACAUUUUAGCAACGUGCCACUUGUUGGUAAAAAAAAAAAUAGUUAAAUGGGAAAAUUAUAUGAUUGCUGUUACAAAGCUUCUGCUGUAAAGUACUUCCAACUGCAUGAUUGCUAGAAAAAAAUAAAUAGUUACACAAAGUGCAAUAUAUUCAUUUACUUUUAUUCAAAAAUUUUGCUAUGGAACAUUUUCCGUUUGAAACUUGUAUGUACAGAUAUGUUCUGUUACAAAAAUUAAGAUGGGUAGCAAUUCUUACAUUUUGCACGUUCUGUAUUCAGAUAGUAGAAGCACAAACACACCUGACGUUUGUUUUUGAACAGAAAUGGGGGAGCAUCUGUUCAGUUCUGACAAGCAAUGGUUGUCCUUAAUAACAGCAAAAGCUUAUUUAAAACACCUUGCAGAAAUUCAAGAUGUUAAUGUAGUGGUUGUGAGUGUUUCCACUAUCACAUGAUGCUGCUGUUUGGAUUACAGUAUGGGUAGCAAUAUCCCCCCCCGUCCCCAGGGUAAUUAUGCUAUAUAUAUAAUCAUACUUUCUUAGUGCAAUCUGUGAUGGUGGUGGUGCUUGAUUACAUGAUCAGUUCCUUAGUAUUACUAUGUAGCAAUGUUUGCCAGCAGACUGUUCCUGUUAUAUUUGUAUGUACUUUGAUUUUUGCAAAUGCACACAUAUAUGACUCCAGAUCAUGAAUGUUUUUUUGCUGUUUCCAUGUGCAGUUACAGAUGGGAAUAUUCUGCUGCAUGAAUAUAUGAUAGGUUGUGCACUGAAGAGAUGAAACAUUUGCUUCUGUUUCACUAAUCCUGCCAUGCAUGUGUUGUCUCACUUCACUGCCAUUAGUUGCACAUCCCUCCCAAUCCUUUACUGAUGCAUUUUUCAUAAACUGUUUAGAAAUGGUUACUCAUGGACAUUUUACUUUGGCAAGACUAAAGCGGAUGCUUUCUUGGCUUCCUGGUUAGGACAUUUAGAAAGUGUUGUGCAUUUUAGGUACCAUCAGGGACUACUUUGUGUAUGUAUGUGUGUGUGUG